ACGCAAGCGUGACUCACUCAAGUCCAAGACACCGCAAGCACAGCAACAGGCUGUGUGAUAGCCCAACCCAACCGGAGGGAGGGGAGGGCAUAGCCCAACCCGUAAGGCCCAGCGAUGCACAACAGAACACAGCCAAACACACAAAGAGGCAGACAGCAGCUGUGUGACUUGUUCAUCUGUGUUGACGGCGGCAGCGCGGCGGUGCUGCGGUGAAGCUUCGGCAAGUUUCUGCAGUAGAGAUUAGAGUUUUUGACGGCGAGCAAGAUGGUGCAGGGCUUCGUAUUUGCCUUCCCUGUCAUCUUCAUCGUCAUCGCCAUCAUCGUGGCGUUCAUCCUGUGCUGCGUGUGCCCCUGCUGCCCCAUCUACAAGCGUCUUCAGCCAACCACGCAAGACUACACGGCAGUGCAACAAGGCGCGACGGCGCCGGCAACAGACGUGCCCGUGGACCCACUGCCAACGGCAGCCGCCCCGCCAGCGCAACCGGUGCAGCCGCUGCCUUCAAGCCCACCGGGAGGCGCCUUCAGCCCGCCGGCUCAGCCUCAACCGUACCCACCGGGGCCACCGCAAGCGGCGUACCCCUCCUCCCCGCAUGCCCCGUACCCCUCACCGCAAGCCCCGUACCCCAUGCCGAGCUAUCCGGCCGGUCCCAACCCCCCGUACCCGCUCGCCAUGCCGCAGCCGUGCCUGCCUGGUGCGCACUUGCAGGAGGGUGCCUACCCCGCUCCGCCUGGGUUCCACGUGGGGCCCAUGCCACCACGUGGCCCGUUGUUCGCCCCUGAGGGCCCUCCGUACCCGACUGGGCCCUCUGGAUACAAUGCAGGCCCGCAGCCCCCGUAUCCUGUGAUGUAGCUCGCCGGAGCUGAUUUAUGUGAACUACCAAGUACUCCCUGGGCUUUGCGGGGAAUUCAAAAUUACGACCUUGAAUCACACGGUGGCCUGUGCUACAUUUUAUGUGGCGUUACCCCCAGCAAUGUUUAUUGUGAAAAUGUUUAUACGCUGUCCAAGUGUAAGAAUUGUUGCGUCGAAUUUUUUUUUUUUAUUGUGCAACGGAGAGAUUUUUUGCAAGUGUCGCUUCGUCUGUAAGCUAGCUGCAGUUAUUUUCUUAAACGCCGCACAGCUCAACCAUUUUAUAAGCACCUUUAUUAAACGUAUGUGAAGUACUGUGCUCAAUUACUGUUCGAAACGAUUAAAGCUGGCUGAAUUGCAUUGCCAUCCAUUGUCCACCUACUGGUAAGAUUGGUACACUGCUGUGAAUUGAUUGGCAGAUUUCUCACAGUGGGGUAAAAUCUUGAUUGGUCUUCUUCCUCUUUUACGUCCUUAGCGAGUGUGGGAUAUUGGGCUGGACGUGAACGCUUGCAGAGCGUGUAUCUUCUCCGCUGUGUGCAGCAAAAAAAAAUCACCCAAAAAUGUCAAGUUAUUAAUGGAUUUCAUUCAUAUUCUGGCAACAAAAUGCAGAAAUAGCACCGCUUUAAUGUCAAAGGCUUUCUACACGGAGGGUGCAUCAUUUGCAGCUUUUGAUGGUUUUGUAUUUGAUUUUGCUCCACAGUAUUUAGCUUUUGAUUGGAUUUUAUUCUGUCAAAGCUCGAUUAAGCAAUCGCUGCUUAUGUAGCUGAUCUUCCAACCUGAAUCUACCAUCUAUUUUUUUUAUCCAUCUCAAAGAAGUUUUAUGGGAAACAAAGCAAAUGUAUGUACUGAAAAGCAGUACAAAUAUAUUUUAAAAACACACGAGUAAGAGUAACACGUCCCUUUUUUGAAAUAUUUAUGUUUGCCAUGGUUGCAAAUUUAUAUAUUUUUUAAACUGAGGUCUAAUGCCGCAUGUCAAUGGAAAGGGUUUUUGAAAAUUCUCACCAGAGCUAUUGUUUGAUUUGGAUGCAAUGCUUUGUUUUCGUUGGCUUCACUCGUUUUGUAGUAAUUUAUUAUUUAUUGUCGCAUCAUGUUUGUGUUUUGCGCAUGUUUAUUUAUACAUUUUUUGCCGUUUUGUUUCUAUUUUUUAGCAUAGUUUUUAAUUUUGCUUUGCAUAAAAAAAUUAUAAAAGCCAGCUGCUGAUGCUCAAAAUAAAAUAAUGCAAAAAGAAAAAUGAUUUCUUCUUGAAAUAUGGAUAUCACUGCUUUGCUCACAAAGUGGAGGAGCUUAUUGCAUGAAGCAUAUUUUACAAAGAGCCUUGGCAGCUCUUGACAUGCUUGUGUAAUCAAGAACAGCAAUGUAUUGAAACUGUGCUCUGCUAUGGUGAAAAAAAGUCAAUGAUUGUUACAUUUAUGGUUCAAAAUGCAUGCUUUAGAAAGGUAAAACAAAAUUGCAUCAUUGUACUGAUAACAGGUUUAUUAUAAUAGGCCACAGGUUAACAGGUUAAGAUUUGACAAUACAAAUGAUUUCAUCUCUCGUACGUGAAAGCUGAAAUAUAUAUUCAGUGCUGUGUGAUGUCUGCUUAUGUUGGCCCUUAAAUUAUAAACUGCGCCAAUCUGUUCAUAGUGCCAUGUGUUUUGGGAGGUAUCAUUACUGCGUUCUUAUUAUAUUUAUACACGUAUAAAAACAUGAUGGUGCUAUGCACGCUUGUACUAAAUUAUUACUUGAACGCCGUAUGGGCUUUUUAAUCAAGCGUUGUUAAGCCGUGUGAUAACAGUUGGUUUGUUAGACCGCUGUCGUCUGCCAUCUGUAUAAAUAACAAACAAUUAUUGAGCUGUCUAUUCCCAAAGGGGGCUGUUGCACCUUCACUUAACAAGGCCGUCAUUGCCCAUCUGCAUGGCACACUCUGCUCUUUCAAUCUUGUAUGCACAGCGAUUUUAACGUUAAAGUUAUUUAAGCUACAUAUUUUUUUAUUAUGUUUCCAAUAAAAUGUGUUUUUGUCCUUAUCCACUCAUGCUAGACCCCAGUGGUUCUAUACUUGAUUCACAGUGAGUGGCUAGGGAGGGAAGACAAUUAAGGUGCCCGUUGGUGGGAGCUAGGCCUGCCUGUAGGCGCACAGUAUGAUUUGAAUCACUCUCCCGUGUUCCUCCACACAUUCCUAAUGUGCCCCACAUAUGCCAUUGGCUCCUUCACUUAUACCACUGCUCAACAAUGUUUUUUUUUUAAACAUGCCACCAAUAUUUGCAGAACGCAAGCCUGUACACGACUCAGCUGUGGGUGGUAGAGAAAAAUGGUCAGAACAAAAAAAAUGGUUUGCAAUUAAAAACAAUGGGUUCAGUCAUUUUGCACAAAUCAAUUUCAUUUUUCAUGGACAUACUCAUGUGAUGCAAAUACAAUUAUUCUUAAAAGAAGGCAUAUUUAAUACAGUAUUCAUAUUACACAUGGUCCUGUAAUUCAUAUUUUUCAAAACAUGUGUAUAAUGUCUCAUUGUGGUACCUUAUCAACCGAACAGCUUUUAAAACAUGUUGUUGGAUGUCAAGAGUUUAGACUUUUAGAAUUGUGAAAAAAAAAUGUUAUGCAUUAUUUUUUUAAAGUUGUAUUUAAAAGCGAUGUGUCAUUUGUACCCAAGUCAGGAUGUGUUCAUCUCAUUAGGGGAGGAAUUUACAUUAAUUAAUCGUCUGGGGGAUUAUCCCUAUGUUGACACAAGCUGCUGAUGAGAUUCAUCUCAUCUCCUAGCACAAGGUAUGUCAAAAUUUGCAUAUCCGCAAAGCUUUUUCAUGUGAAAAUGUACAAAUCCCAGAGACAAAUAGUUUCACAUGCGAUGAACACCUUAAUUUGCAGCAAUUAUUUAAGAUCAUUAAAAUAAAGCUUCACCAACUCGCACUGACCAGCAUGGCAAAGUAUGGUCAAAAUAUCAUGGCCCUUAAACCAUGGACAGGCCCUCAUCCAGCAGUGGAUUGGCAAAUGGAUGUACGUGUACAAGGAAGUAUACUGUAUAUCUAAUCUAAUUUAUUUAACGCCUUCACUCAGGGCACUUGACUUAGCUUGAAAAACGAUGACAAAAUAGAAUUAUGCAGUUGACGGGCAUAGAAGGAUUGAGGAAUGAGUGACAGCGAUACAGGGUACUUAGGGAUCACGGAAGGGGAGGAAAUAGAAUGGGCACUAGAGAAGAGGAAAGCUCUCUGUGUGUCUCUCCCCCAUGUGUGUGUCUCUGUGUGUGUCUCUCUCUGUGUGUGUUUGUCUCUCUGUGUGUCUCUCUGUCUCUCUCUCUCUGUGUAUGCGUCUCUCUCCGUGUCUGUGUAUCUUUGUAUAUGUGUCUCUCUCCGAGCUUGCAUUCAUUCACACCUGAUGACGGUUGCUUGUGUUGCAAUCGAAACGUCAUAUUCUAUUAUUUAUUUUCUUUUCUUUCUACGUGACUUUACCGAAAGAACCAAAGAGUAAGUCCUGAAGUCACGGAAGCUUCAAAUCAAGAGGAAAGAUUUAAAAGAGGAAUGGAAUGAGGGCAAGGAUAGGUGCAAGAUGGGAAAAAAAAUCCGAAAACACGAUUGGGCACAGGGAAAAAGAGGAACACAAAGAGACAAGAUUCAGAACGAAGAAGACGAGAGAGGACAUGGAGAUGAGAGAAGCAAGAUAAGGUGUGGGGCAAGGCCAUGUAUAGAUUUAAAGUCGAGCAUCGAUAUUUAAAAAGUCAGCGGUGUAGUAAAUGGGAAGCCAGUGGAGUUUAAGGAGGAGAGAGGCGAAGUGCGGGAAUUAAGGGGGAGAUUGAAAUUAACUCGUGCAGACGCAUUUUGAAUUUGUGGGAGGGGAGUGAGGGCAGAAGCAGGGAGACCAAGAAAAAGAUAAUCACAGUAGUCCAGACGCUUGAAGAUCAAAGAAUGAACCAUGAAUUUGGUGGCAGAAAUUUUAAUGAGAGGGCAGAUUUCCCUGAUCUUGAAUAGAUGAAAGCGGCAGAUGCGAGUUGUAGUAGAGAUAUGGGUGGGGAAAGUGAGGGAAGAGCCAAAGGUGAGACCAAGGUUGAGGGCAGAAGAAACAUGAGAGAUAAUGGUUGUGAUGAGAAGAGAAGAGUGAGAGGCUGGAAAGAAAAUUAUUGACGUUUUGGAAGUAUUAAGAGAGGGAGUGAAGUGCCAUCGAGGUUUGGAUGGCAUGGUAUGAAAAUGAAAAGCUUAAAUUUAAUGGGAAACAUUUCCAAUUCUCGUGUUACUUUUAUUGCAAUACGUUUCACAAUUAUGGAAUUUAAGGAAAGUCUAACGUCACCAUUAUUACAUACACUGACUAAUGAUGUCUUGAAAAUGGAUCAUUAUUAACCCAAUUUUUUCAUGUUAAUAUCUGUGCUGAUAUUCGAAUGCUGAACAGGUGUAAUAAAAUAUGAAUGGACCUUAAUUUUAAUGUGACCACCGGUUAUCAAAUAGCGCAAUAUGAUCUUUAAUGUCUAUAGUGAAGACACUUUAAAGGCGGAACCUUGUUUUAAUAAUUAUAAUAAUACAAUUUGUAACGCGCGCAAAUUUGCAGACGUAGUGGCCGCAACUCAGAGGCGCGGAGCCAAGC